UUCUUAUCAAACAUGUUAGUGCGCGCUCUCUCUUCGUCUAAGUUUGGAACGAAACUGUUUCGGGAUGAGAUUGCUAAGUUUCCUUAGCAUAUUUGUUAAUGUUGUAACACUAGGAUAUAGCACAAGAUGUUUCGAGUGCACACAUGUACAAUUUCCUAGUGAUUGUACACAGCUGACAGAUUGCAAUUCUGAUGAGUAUUGUUUUACACAACAAGUGAUAACAACAAGUGGAAACAUAGUGUAUAACUCUGGUUGCCUAUCCAAAUCGAGUUGCCCUGCUGUUUCGGCGCCGCAUGACGGUAGAAGGUCAACAAGCAUGGUAAAUAAACGUUCCGAGGACAUCAUAACAUGCCUAGAGUGUUGCCAUGGCGACUUCUGCAACAUGAACGGAUGUAGAUCACAAGAAAUUCCGAUCGCACAACGUGGCCCAUACUGUUAUACAUGCGACGUACUAGAUCCCAAAGCGUGUACAAAUGUAAACAUUUGUGGUAAAAAUGAGCUCUGCAUGCUCUUCAGUCCUACAGACUUUGGUAGCCUUUCAGAAAUUAUUUACAGAGGUCAAUGUGAAACAAAGGCGGCAUGUGAUGCAGUGUCAAAAGCAUUUGUCAAUACAAAAUGUGUGCCCACGUGUUGCAAUACAGAUUUUUGUAAUGAUUACUGCGUGACGCCGACAGAUGUUACUAUGACGUCAUCGUAUCCAAAUACUACUGACAAUAAUAUGGCGAAUACAACUUUUCAUCCCACAGAACUAUCAACAGUUACUUUACUUCUGACGCAAAGCGUUUCAACUACAGACGUUCGAAGGACCGGAACGUCAAGCAAGCCAUCUUCACAUAUAUUUACAACACCUGGAAUCACCCAGUCAUCAACGACUGGUCAUUCUUUCCACUGCCAUGUUAAAGACGGUUUUGUACAUUUACAAAAUUCACUUGCGCACUUAUGUGUCCAUGUUGUACUUCAUCAUACACCAUUGUCUUGGAAUGACGCACGAACAGCAUGUAAAGCGCAAGGAGGGGAUCUUGUUGUCCUAGACACUCAUGACAAAGCUCUUUUAAUGAGGAAAGCACUUGCCGGUCAUUUUAGAUACAGCCACCCAUUUUAUUGGAUAGGAGCAAAGGAUUUUUCGAAACAUGACCAUUUCUCCUGGGUAAAUGGUCACGGUUUGCAUAACACAGCAGCCGAUUGGAGUGGAGAUCAACCUGAACAUUUCAAACAUGGCCAUGACCAAGACUGUGUUUGCAUGUUUAGAGAUACUACACCAACUUUCACAUGGCACGAUAAAUUUUGUAAUUUGAAAGGAAAUUAUAUCUGUGAACGAAAAUAAAUAUUACAAAAUAUCAUUUAUUAAACGAAAA